AUGACCAUGAACCCAUCCGAUUCAUCGAACGUGGCCGGGCGACCCAACCGAGGCUCCAUGCCCAGAUCGGCGCCCGCACCAAACGAGCCUGGCCCUAGCCUCUCCACAGACUACAACUCUAUCAGAGUGAUGUUGGAAGAAUGGCCCCAAGGGUCUCGGACGAUUGCAGACACGGAGACAUCCCGCUCAUGGCCCGCGAACACCGCAUAUCCCGCGCUGCCGAGCCCGUUCCCCCCGGCCACUGGGACCGUCGCAAACCACCAAUGGUGGCAACAAGCGUCCCUCAUGGCGAGACAAGACAUAGGAGAACCUUUCACAUGGGUCCCAGGAGUCCCGUUUCCCCCCCUGAUCGAGCGGUCUCUCCCAACCACCGGCGGCGGCGGUAGCGGUGGCACUCGCCCCGCGGCGUUCCCAACCCGGGUUUCUCGCCCGAACUCGGGCCGUCGAAGCGAGCAGAACAACUCUAUGACACCGCUUGAACUGCGCCUCGUUCACGGAGCCUCGCUAAUCCUCGCCCCCGACGUGUCUGAGGAGCAACGGCACCGCUGGGCGCGGAUGAUUCAGAUGAGGAGGGACCACCAGGCUCGGAGGAACAGGUUGCGCGCGGGCGAGCCCCGCGUCAGGGUCGAGACUCGGAACACUGACCGGGAGAUGACCAACGCGCCUCCCGAAGACGAUCUGGGGGAGUUGGUAGAGGACUUUGACAACCUGGGUGUGUCGAGCGAUGUGGGGGAGCUGGCGGACGAGUUUGGCAACCUGGACGUGUCGGACGACAUCGACGGGGAGAUGCAGGUCGACACGCGGCCUGAGACGCAGAUGCCUUCUCCUCGGACGCAGACCGUCGUUUCGGAUCCCGCGCGUCACCGCUCGCGAAUGGAGGGAUACAGAGUCUGUAGGCACACGUCGAGGUGUCGUAGAGCCUGCAGGACCGGCUUUGAGACCGAAUUCUAA